AUGGAGGGAACUAGUGAAACGGCUCCGUUAAGAAGUGAACCUAGUACAGCAUCUCCUUUUUCAAUGACUGCAGCUGGGAAAACAUUUGGUUCAACUUAUAUUCUCGUUUCGGCAUUGCUUGGAUCUAUUAUUCCAUUAAUUAAAUUGAUAAUUGGUAUAUAUUACAAAGGGGAUUGUCCUAUUGAUCAACGCAUUCCAACUUAUAUGGUCGUUUCUGGUGCCUGUGGUCUAGCAUUGACUGGAUUAGCAAUUUUACUGUCUAUUACAUUUAUGUGCUUUGUUUCGGAUUCAACGACGCUGAAUGUUUUAGCUAGCUGUUCUCUAUGUUUAAGUGUAUUGGCAACAAUUAUAAUAUCAAUUUUUCUUUUUAUUUGGUUCAUUAUUGGUUGUGUAUGGGUAUUUGGUAUUCAUGACGAAGUACAGUUUGAUGAUCGAUGGAAAUCUAAUUAUUGCGAACCAGUUUUAUAUAAAGCAGCAUUUGCAUUACUUAUAAUAACGAUUAUUUGGAGUGUUCUUCAAUGUUGUUUUUCAUGUUUUCGACAAUGUUGUACAGGACGAAGUAACUGA